AUGGCUUCCAUUUUGAAGAACGUGGUGAUCAUCGGGGGCGGCGGCAACAUUGGCAAGAUGGUCUUGGAUGCCCUUGUUUCUUCCGGUCAAUUCAAUAUCAGUGCCAUCCAACGAAAGGAGAGCAGUGCAGUUUUCCCGUCAGUGGUCAAGACAAUUAAGUCCGACUUCUCAGAUGCAAGUCUCGAGGAGGCUUUCAAAGGCCAAGAUGCUGUGGUAUCCACUGUGGGAGCCACUGGCUUCACCGAGCAGCAAAAGUUCGUGGACGCGGCUCUGCGUGCCGGAGUCAAGCGGUUCAUCCCUUCGGAGCUGUCUGCUAGUAGUGAAGAUGAAGCUGUGAUCGAGCUCCUGCCGCUUUUUGGAGUGAAGAAGAACCUCAUUGACUACCUCAAGAGCAAGGAGUCUGACGGACUCUCGUGGACUGGGAUUGCUACGUCGGGCUUGCUUGACUGGGGCCUUACUACUGGCUUCUUGCAGUAUGAUCUUCAGAAGCAUACUGCUGUUAUCUGGGACUCUGGCGACAAGAGAUUCACCACUAUCAAUGAGAAGGCUCUUGGACAGUCUGUCGUCUCUGUCCUGCAGCACCCAGCGGAGACUAGCAACAAGUAUCUGUACGUUGCCUCGGUCGAAACUUCACAGAACGAACUCUUGAGGGCCUUGGAGAAGGAAACUGGCACGAAAUGGUCUGUAACUCGUGUGAAGACCGAUGAGGUAGUCAGCGAGGCUCAGAAGCAACUUGCAGCCGGUGACUUUAACGGUGCCUUUAGCCUGGUCCGCGCCAUGGUGGUUGGAAACAUUCCUGGUCUCCGUGCAAACUAUGUGAAAGACACGGACCUUGCCAAUGAUCUGCUCGGAUUGAAGCUUGAGACUGUUGAAGAAACUGUAAAGCGAGCGUUGUCGUAG